UUUCUUUGAAGUGAACUUUUGGAAUAUUGGUUUCUUCGCCUAUAAGACUAGUAUUUUUAAAGGAGGCAGCAAACCGUUUGGAUUAUGCUUAGAAUAAUCCUCAAACCCUAAACAAAACAAAAUUUCGAUUAUCGACAGCAAGAGUUUGAAUCCCCAAGCUGAACCAAAUUUGGGCGAAAUUCAAUAUUUGAAGCCGAAUUUGAAAAUGAAGAAUCAACCUACUCAAUCCCUAAUCAUUCCAGACGAUUUGAUCUUCGAGCAUAUUCUACCCAGAUUUCCGGUAAAGUCCCUAAUUGGAUUCAAAUCUGUUUGCAAGACUUGGUAUAAUUUGAUUUCAACAAUUGAAUUCGCUAAAUCUCAACUUCAAUUUUCAUCAUCAUCUCCUAAUUUUAUGAUUAGUACGUUUUGUUCUGGAAGAGACGGUGAAUUAUACUUGUUAUCGUAUGAUGAACACAACGGUAAUCUGAAAGAGUUAGUUCAAUUGGAUACACAAUUUACAAACACCAUGGGAAAAGCGAAUCUUGUAGGUUGUUGUAAUGGGUUGGUAUGUUUGUUUUUUGAUGAUGAUGCAUAUUGUAUUGAAUAUUUCACUGUGUGGAACCCUGCAACCCAUAAACAUCGUAGAAUUAGGCCUCCUUCUCGAGAAAGGUUGUGUAAAUGUGGUUUUGGUUACACAAUCGCCCUCGACGAUUAUAAGAUAGUUGCUGCUUUUUUUUCAUACGGUGGUGAUGAAUCGAGUACCCAGAUUUGGGUAUUCUCGUUGCAAAUAGGGAAGUGGAAGCAGAUUGAUUUUCCAGAAGAUGAUGGUUUCUUUACCGCUGGGGGCAUUUUGAAUGGAUAUUUUGCUGGUAAUUCUCUGUACUGGGCUGUCUACAAAUCAGGAGGUCCUUUCGAGAAACGUAUUGUUUGUUUUGAUUUAGUUUACGAACAGUUGAGAGAAAUCCCAAUCCAUGUGACGGUUUCAUCUUCUAGUUCGUAUCUUGAUUUUAAUUGUUUUGUGAUUAAAGGGUGUUUAUCAUUACAUUUCCGGCGUGGGGAUGAUAAUUCGUAUGAUGUUUGGGUUAUGAAGCAACAGGAUGAUUGUAAUGUCAAUACUUGGGAGAAAUUGUUGUCAAUGUCUUACACAGUUGGGCAUACCGAUACCUACAUUCCCGAUACCUACAUUCUUGCUUUCUCCCCAACUGGUAAGUGUUUGGUUCAACAUAGGCAGCAACUCAAGUUGGUUGAUCCGAGUUUAGAAGAUGUUGAACAUGCCCAAGGUAUUGAUUUUGAUGGUUUUUUGUAUCCAGUAAAAUGGCAUGUUGAGAGUCUCAUCUCACCCAUAUCGCCCUUUAAAACUGUGCAACUAUAUUGGCAUGCUUGGAUAUAAUUAAGUUGCUGCUUUGUUUAGUCCAUUCUAGAAGAUGUUGGAACAUUACAUGUCUAAGGGAACAUGUCUAAGAGAACAUUGAUGAUAUGAACAACACAAAUCAGGCGAAUGAAAGUGUAGUAUCUUUAAUUUUCUAGUUGCUAAUUGUGUUGUGUAGUGGAUAUUAAUUUCAGCAACAUACAGAUUUGUUUCUCGUUUAUUGACUUAGUGGGCACACACGGUUGGUCUUUGUUGUGUCAAUCUGGAAAUCGUGUAACUAGUCACUCCGUUUUGAAUUGAUAUGUGGCAAGCUUUUAUGAAACGCAUCCAGAAUCUACUGGUUGUUUGUCUGUUGUUACUGUUCUUGAUGUGUUGAAUGAAUUGUAAAUAUCAGCAGAAAGGUAAUGCACUUGUGGUUCGACUACUGACAUGGUUGAAAGGAUCUUAUUCUAUAUACUAGUGACUAGUGAGUAGUGAGUAGUGAGUAGUGAGUAGUGAGUGAGUAGUCGGUAUUAUAUUCUGAUUAAGUUUGAGUACUCUUGGGCAUUUCCGUGUAGAAUUGAAGCCAUUUUGCAGGAUUGCACUAAUGCAGACAUGUUUGUGUAGCACCUCGAUCAAACGGUUCUGUCAUCAGAGUAUGUUUUUUACCAUUCAGCAAUCAACAUGGACAUGAAUGAAUGAUGCACAAAAUAGCCUUUUCGUUUUCACACCAAGGACGGCUCGCCAUAGAUCGAAUGCCUAAGAUCGAUCGAGCUAGGCAUUAUUGUAACAACAGGAUUAUAAUUAAGAGGGUAUUAUGUUUUGUUUUACCUUUUGCUUUUGGGAUUGAUGUUAUUGUUGACAUCUAAAGCAUAGUCUGCCCUUGAAAUUCCACUAAGGAAAUGUAUUUAUCACUGAUGAUGUACUAUUGGCCUAGUAGUGGCCAAGACUAAAAGUUUCUGUACAAUAGAUCACAGGUUCGAUUCA